AUGGUACACGAUUUUCCCGGCGAUUUAUGCUCAGAAACCGACAAAAGUCCAUGUCUCAGAGUACUAAUCUCAACUUAUUCUUCGAGUUUACGAUCAUGCGGCGCUUUUAGCGUUAUUAAUGCAGGCAUCCAUAUGUUCAUGGUCGCAUUACUCUAUUUGUCCUGCAAACAGAUUCUUAAAAAGAAAAAAGUUAAAUUGCAAACGCAGAACAUUCCAACGCGUACUGCUAACUCAAUGCUAUAG